AUGAAAUUAACAUUAUUAACAAUAAAUAUUUUAUUGAUUAUAAAUAAAUUAUUAUUAAUAAAUGGAUUACCACCAAUACUGUGUCCAUCUCCAAUAGCACUUCGUGAUACAUCAAAUCCAACAACAGUUGUUGGUAAUGGAACAGUAGCAUCAUGCAAUGAAAUGAAUUUAGCAAUUGCAUUAAGUCUUGGUGGAAUAAUAACAUUUAAUUGUGGUUCCAAUGGUCAACCAGUCACAAUUGAUAUUCACAGUCAGUUAAAUGCUGCAAAUACAACUGAUACAAUUAUUGAUGGCGGUGACAUAAUUACAUUAAACGGUUUAGGUUUAACAAGAAUUUUAAAAUUUAAUCGAAACGAUUUUCGUUAUUCCACCCCAGUAUUGACAGUUCAACGUUUAACAUUUAUAAAUGGCUACUGUCAAGAUCUUGACGGUGGCUGUGCAAUAUUUCAAUCACUUGGAGGAUCGACAGUUGUUAUUAAUUCCAUAUUUGAAAAUAAUACAGGACCUGUUGCUGGACAAGAUGUUGCUGGUGGAGCGAUUUGGACAAUCGGUGGCGGAACAACAAAUAUAAUUCGAAGUAUGUUUCUUGAAAAUAAAUGCUCAAAUGGCGGUGGACUCGGCAUUCUUGGCAGUGGUUUAAUUAUUGUUAAUUCACAUUUUGAAGGAAAUCAAGCUACGGGAAAUGGAGGAAAUCCAGGUAAUGGUGGUAAUGGCGGUGCUAUUAGUUUCGAUGGCUUAGGAAGAAACAAUUCAAUUUGUGGAACAAGAUUUACAGGAAAUCAAGGAAAUAAAUAUGGUGGAGCAUUUUUUCGUGUUGCUUACAAUGGAAGUGAAAGAAAUGACUUUGAACAGAUUAUUGUUGAUAAUAAUUGGAUACCACAAUCUGCAAAUGGACUUGCUGGUGGUUUAUAUAUUCAAGGUAGUAUGGCAACAAUUAAAUAUGCAGCUAUUGUUAGUAAUUCAGCUGGAGGUGACAAUCAAGCUUAUGCUGGAUUAGGUGCUGCUGUUUUUUGUUCAAAUCCUGUUCUUGGAACAUUUACAAAUCUUGUUGUUGCUAAUAAUCAUGCUGGGGCUUUUGCUGCUGCUUUUGCUGGUUGUUCAACAACAAUAACACUUUCAAAUACAGUUAUUGCAAAUAAAACCGUUGGAAAUCCAUGGCCAGCUAAUGCUUGUUCGUCGCCUAUGAAUGAUGGUUCAGGUGUUGUUCAAUCUCCUAUUAAUAAACAGACACCAGCUUCGGGUCAAGAUGCUCUUUGUACAAACGGAGCUGUUAUUGGACUUAACAAUGUGACUGUUGUUUUAAAUGAAACAAAUUGGGAAAUACAAAUUGUUGGCGCACAAUCAUCAUAUAUAGGUCCAUCAUCAAUUUCAUCUGUAACUAAUACUAAUCAAACAUCAGCUCCAUCAUCAACUAUAACUACAUUUCAUUAUUCAUUUUGUUUAAUUCUUUUACAACAAUUUAUUUUAAAUUAUUAA